AUGGCUACAGCAGCUAUAUCAACUCCUGUCAAGUCCCACACUGGGCUCUUUUCCACUCGCACCGCUGGCGGGCGCAUGCCUCUUACUCCAUCGCCAAGGCAACGGUCCUCUGCGGCUGCCCCGGCCGGACUUGACUCCUCCCCAUUCACCCCCGAAAAGCACUCCAAAUCCCUGUACAACGGAAACCUUGUCUCUCAUUUCGCGAGAUCCGCCGCGCACCGUGAUUCGCCUAAAUCCAACAUCGCCAGGGACCCCGCUAGCGCCAAGUCUAAGAAGGGCAGUCUGAGGCACAAGGCUUCCAAGACCACUUACACAUAUGCUGCGGACCGCUUCAUCCCAAAUCGUGGCGCAAGCUCAGCAAUCGCCAAUGUUGGCUCCAGCAAGCUUGACUUUAGCGAAACUAAGCGCUCCAAGUCUAACACCACCGAGGGCUCGUCGGUCCUUGCUUCAGCUACUGAUGAUGCCAUCUCCGCUCUUGAAGGACUCAGCAUCAAUGAUGAUGAUACUAGCUCCUACUCCCGCCCAUCCCCCAAUACUGUUGCCUACCAAGAUUCUCUGGCCAACGCGUGCGGUGUCAAUCUGAAUACGCGCAUCCUCCAGUUCAAGCCCGCCCCUCCCGAGUCAUCUAAGCCUAUCGAUCUCCGCCAACAGUACAAUCGUCCCUUGAAGCCUGCUACCAGCUCUGCACAGACGAGGCGACGCAUCGCCACAGCCCCGGAGCGUGUGCUCGAUGCGCCUGGUCUUGUUGAUGACUACUAUCUCAAUCUCCUUGACUGGAGUUCCGGCAACCAGGUGGCUAUUGGCCUUGAGCGUAACGUCUAUGUCUGGUCCGCCGAUGAGGGCAGUGUCAGCUGUCUUCUUGAGGCUAGCCCCGAUACCUACAUCAGCAGUGUCAAGUGGUCUGGUGACGGCGCCUACGUUGGUGUCGGUCUCGGCUCUGGUGAGGUCCAGAUCUGGGAUGUUGCUGAGGGCGCCAAGGUUCGCAGCAUGUUCGGUCAUGAUACACGCGUGGGCGUGAUGGGCUGGAACAAGCAUCUCCUGUCAACUGGUGCUCGAAGUGGUCUCGUUUUCAACCACGAUGUCCGUAUCGCCGAGCACAAGGUGGCAGAGCUUGUCUCCCACACCUCGGAAGUCUGUGGCCUCGAAUGGAGGUCUGAUGGCGCUCAGCUCGCUACUGGCGGCAAUGACAACCUCGUCUCCAUCUGGGAUGCCCGCUCCCUCUCUGUCCCUAAGUUCACCAAGACCAACCACAAGGCUGCGGUCAAGGCCCUCGCUUGGUGCCCCUGGAAUAUGAACCUUCUCGCCACUGGUGGUGGUUCGUACGAUCGCCACAUCCACUUCUGGAACUCCACCUCUGGUGCCCGUGUCAAUAGCAUCGACACCGGCUCCCAGGUCACCAGCCUCCGCUGGAGCCCCCAUUACAGGAAAUUCUACCCCACCCUGGUGCGCAACGUUGAGAUUCCCGCCCAUGAGAGCCGUGUCCUCCACAGCUGCCUCAGCCCUGAUGGUCAAAUGCUUGCCACCGCGGCUGCCGACGAGAGCCUGAAGUUCUGGAAGAUCUUCGAGAAGAAGGCAGGCUCCGUAUCCGCGUCGGCAAGCAUCGGCUCCAGCGGCAAGGCCGAGAUGACCAAGCAGAUGUCAAUCCGAUAA